GAUCGAUUUGCUCUUCGAUUUUAUAUAGACAAACAUACACGACAAGCCUCCCAUUCCCACCUCCUUUCGAGUUGAUCCAGCGCCGCCAUGGCUCAGAGGAUUGCCGCUGGAGUGCUGUUCCUUGCUCUGGCUUCGCUUCCCGCGCUCUCUGCGGCGGCUCGCGCCUUCUUCGUGUUCGGCGACUCCCUCGUCGACAACGGCAACAACAACUUCCUCGCCACCACCGCGCGCGCCGACCAGCCGCCCUACGGCAUCGACACUCCCAGCCGCCGCCCCACCGGCCGCUUCUCCAACGGCAAGAACGUCCCCGACAUUGUCAGCGAGUACAUCGGAUCGGAGCCCACGCUGCCGUACCUGAGCCCCGAACUCCAAGGAGAGCGACUCCUGGUCGGCGCGAACUUCGCUUCCGCGGGCAUCGGGAUCCUCAACGACACCGGAUUCCAAUUUGCGAACAUCAUCAGGAUCACGAAGCAGCUUCAGUACUUCGAGCAGUACCAGCAGCGGCUGAGCUCGGUGGUGGGGCAGCCGGCGGCGAAGCGGCUGGUGAACGACGCGCUGGUCCUGAUCACCCUCGGCGGCAACGACUUCGUCAACAACUACUACCUCGUCCCCUACUCCCUCCGCUCCCGCCAGUUCUCCCUCCCGGACUACGUCCGCUACCUCAUCUCCGAGUACAAGAAGAUCCUCACGAGGUUGUACGAGCUGGGGUCCCGGCGGGUGCUGGUGACGGGGGUGGGACCGCUGGGGUGCGUGCCGGCCGAGCUGGGGCUGCGGAGCCUGACGGGCAGGUGCGACCCGGAGCUGCAGCGGGUGCCGGACUUGUACAACCCGCAGAUGAUCGCCCUGCUGGGGGACCUCAACGCCCAGUUCGGCGCCGACGUCUUCGUCGCCGUCAACGCCUACAAGAUGCACAUGGACUUCAUCACCAACCCACAAUCUUUCGGUUUCGUCACAUCGAAGAUAGCUUGCUGUGGCCAAGGCCCUUACAAUGGAAUCGGGCUUUGUACUAUCCUAUCGAACUUGUGUCCAAAUCGAGACAUCUAUGCUUUUUGGGAUGCAUUUCACCCGACUGAACGAGCUAACCGGAUCAUAGUGAGCCAGUUCAUGGCCGGAACCAAUGAAUACAUGAAUCCCAUGAACUUGAGCUCCAUCCUAGCCAUGGACACUCGCACUUGACUCGAUUUCCAUCAAUGGGUCAAGAUUAGCCAGCUAGUAAUUAAUCAUUAAUGUGAUGGUUGUUUAUUAGUUUAGUUUUAAGGCUAAUUAGAGAGGGUUAGUGGUAUUAAUUGCGAGUAAUUCGACCUAAAUAGAGGGAGGACCAUUUACAUAUGCUUGUAGACAACUUGAUCAGUGUCUUGUUAUUGUGGAAUUUAUUAUGUGUUAUGCUUUACAAGCUAGGAAUAA